CGUCUUUUUUUAUCAUGUUAAUUUUUAAAUUUCGACCUUUUAACUUUUUGUUAAUUGCUUUUGGAUUUUAUCAAUUGUUAGUUGUGAAUGGAGAUCCACUAAUUAAUGUCAACGCACUAGUGCCUUGUUUCAGAACCGUGUGUUACCACGAGAUCGGGUGUAUCACUCCUUUCAUAUCAGCCAUGAUCAUUUUGCUUCCACCGCUUAUAAUGUGUCCCGACUCACCGAGUGAGGUUAAUGUGACCUAUCAUGUGAUGACACCGAAAGUAAAAAAAAGUCAAUUCGGUACAUUAAAGGACUUGAAGCCUCAAACUAAUCUUGCGUUUUACGCUCAUGGUUGUUUCGCUUCUUAUGCAGACAAAUUAACUCUUGCCGUUGGAUUGGCCUUGUUUCACAAAUAUAAACAAGUUGUAAUGGUCGAUUGGACUCGAGGGGCUAAUCCUCGACAGUUCGGUAAAAUAUCAAUCCCGUUGAUUAACAUUUUUCUUUGUGCCGCUAAUUCUGAGGUUGUGGGUCGUCUCACAGCGAACGCAAUGAAUUAUGCAAUUAAAGAGAAAAGAAUUGACCCAAGUCAAAUUUUUUUCGGUGGACACAGUGCAGGUUCACAUGCUACCGCUUUCGCAGGUCAAUAUCUUAAAGAACGAUAUGGAUUCACAAUGGGUGAGACUGUUGCCUUAGAUUCAUCUACAGCUCCAUUCGCAUUAUCUAAUAAAAUAAUGCCCGGAAAAGGAGAUGCUUUGGUUGUCACAAGAGUUUUAUCAACAUUCAAUUUCCCGAUUCCAGUUCUAAGUGAUCUCAGAGCGAUUGCAUUUCAAUUAGGUUAUCCUUUUCCAACAGCUGAUACUGAUAUCUUUCUUAAUGUACCGUAUUAUUUUCAAGAUCAACUGAUCUGCAAUGGAUUCCCGAUGUGUAGUCACUUCUUUGCGACUUUGGCAUUAGUCGGUUCAUUGAGAAAUUGUCUUUUCGAGGCUCAACCUUGUAUCAGUAAUCCAUUGGCUCCAGCAACCACGAGUUUCACGGGAAUUAGAAGUUCGGUUUUUGGUAGACGAGGAGCGAUUUGCCUUCGAACUCCGCUCAACCCACUUAAAGGAUGUGAAUGUUGCUCAACUAAAUCUCGUCUUAAUUACGACAAUGAUAAUAAAACGUCAGCUUGUCCAGGCCACGAUCCAGAGUUCGCUAAAUAUUACAGAUAA